AUGGGCAUUUUCCUCGCAUUGGCCCUGGGUCUGCUCGGGACAGCAUCCGGCCUGGACUAUACCGAACCAUACCGUCCUCAAUACCAUUUCUCCCCUGCCGAAAAUUGGAUGAACGAUCCUAACGGACUGUUAUAUCACAAUGGCAUUUACCAUCUUUUCUUUCAAUAUAACCCCGCUGGUGUUGAAUGGGGGAAUAUGUCGUGGGGUCAUGCAACGAGUAGCGAUUUGACCCACUGGGAAGAGCACCCGAUUGCUCUACUUGCUCGCGGAUAUCCCAACGAGGUCACCGAGAUGUUCUUCUCAGGAAGCGCGGUAGCAGAUGUGAACAAUACGAGUGGCUUCGGAGUGGAUGGAAAGAUUCCUUUGGUUGCCAUGUAUACUUCUUCGUAUCCCGUGUCUCAAGACCUACCAAGCGGAAAAUCUAUUACCGCAGGGCAGCAAUCCCAGUCAAUCGCCUAUAGUCUCGACGAGGGAGAGACCUGGACAACAUAUGAUGCCGAGAAUCCUGUGAUUUAUAACCCACCCUCUCCAUAUGAAGCAGAAUUCGAAAACUUCCGGGAUCCCUUCGUGUUCUGGCAUGCCGAUACACAGAAAUGGAUAGCCGUCACAACUCUGGCAUCACUCCACAAGCUGCUGAUAUGGAGUUCUGACAACCUCAAAGAAUGGUCCUUGGCCAGCGAGUUCGGACCCUACAACUCUGUCGGCGGCGUAUGGGAAUGUCCCAGUUUGAUUCAACUGCCCGUCAAAGGAAACAAAUCAAUCAAGAAAUGGGUAAUUGUUCUUGGGCUCAAUCCUGGUGGACCACCUGGCACGGUCGGAUCAGGCACACAAUACUUCAUCGGCGACUUUGACGGAACAACUUUCCAGGCUGAUCCUGCUAGCAUCUAUCCAGGAAACAGUUCUGCCAACUGGAUGGAUUGGGGUCCGGACUUUUAUGCUGCCGCCAGUUAUAACGGACUUCCUAAUGGAGAUGUGGUCCAGAUUGCGUGGAUGAAUAAUUGGCAGUAUGGCACGGAGAUCCCGACAAGCCCUUGGCGAAGCGCCAUGUCUGUUCCCCGUCAGUUGUCAUUGCAGACGAUCAAUGGGAAGGUGACCCUCGUUCAACAACCGCAACAAAACUGGCAGAGUGUUGCCAACCACCAGACCUUGCAACAUUCCUGGAAAUCUGUAUCGAAAGGAUCAACCAAACUCGACUCCCCAGGCAAGGCAUGCAAGAUCGACUUGAGCUUUUCUGAUCAUGACUCCAAAAAAUCUCUGGCAUCUACGUUUGCGAUCGCUGUCCGUGCUAGCUCUGACUUCAAGCAAGAAACACUGAUCGGCUACAACUUUACCAGCAAGGAGGUCUUCGUGGAUCGACGAAAUUCAGGAGAUGCAUCUUUUGACGACACUUUCGCAACCUUGUAUCACACAUCACUGUCAGCAGGCGCGGAUAAACGUAUCAACCUGCAGAUCUUCGUGGAUUGGUCUAGUGUUGAGGUAUUUGGGGGUCAAGGAGAGGUCUCUUUGACGGCUCAGAUAUUCCCUAAGGAAGAUGCAACUGAAGCGCGACUUGUCUCGACGGAUGGAGUGACCCAGAAUGUCAAGCUUCAGAUCAACGGGAUGAAUUCAGCGUGGCACUAG